AUAAAUAUUUGCUUUAGCCUAAGCUGUUAAUAGGAUAAAUAUCGCGAAUUGCUUCAAAUUUCCAAAGUAAUUACCAAGUAACAAAUUCCAUUUUCCAGCGCUAGCAAUUUUUCCUCUGUAAACCCCGGAUCGAUUGCUGAACGCGAUGUUCAUUACGGGAAAAGUUCCAUGACUACGGGGCGGAAUAUCGAAUUUUCAAGUGACACCUCAAGCACAAUAUUUACUCUCAGAUCGGAACAUGUUUCUACAACACCUCAUCAGAUUUAUGUUAUUAAUAACAAUUUCCACGGGUUGUAGGUACACACUCUAUUUACAAUUUGUAGCUUCAUUUGAAAAAUCACUGGCUCCGAGCAAUGAAUCAGUUGAAUGGAAGUUAAAUAAACCCCGACGCGCAAUGAAGAAAGUCGUUACUGUUAUCUGAGUUCUUAAGUAUGAAAUCUCUUUGAUCAGUGAAAAGAUUGAAUUAAGGCUGGAUUGGCAUCCAUUGGCUACGGCGCUUCUGGCGUCUACGCAAUUGUGUAUUUCUGGAACUUCAAUUGGAAACAGUGAUUAUCGUUGAGAAAGUGUUCGGGCUCAAGGUCGGUGCUAAUUUCUGAGCCACUUUCAGGGAAAAUAAUCCAGUGUAUCUAAUUUUGGCCUGUUUAAGUGCGUUUUUAUUGACAACAGUGCAAUCGAAAUGUUCACCAUUUUUUAAAAAGCGUUUUAUGACCCGAAAGUGGAGAAUAUCUCAACAAUAUCAGACAAAAUAAGAUCGGAGUGAACUCUGCGCUGUGGGUUUUAUUCUGAGUACGCGUGCAAUGCGAUGAGAACAGAAACAUACAUAAAUUAAUGAAAGUUGUCAUGAAAUUGCAGAAAGUUGUGAAACAUAAUUUAAAGUCUGUGUUAGUGGGAAUAACGAAUCCAAUUGAAAGUUUGACUCCCGCCAGGAUAAUCUCGAAUUUCUUAAUUAAGCUCAUGUCGAAUGGGAUGUUGUGUAUUCAGCCAAAUUAACAUGUUCGCUAUUAACUGAAUUUAUUAUUGUUUACAUUCGUUUAGGAAGAAAAAGAUAAAAAUAAUCAAAAAUCUGUUCAUGUUUGCGGAUUACGUGUGAUAAGCAAUUCGUUCAAUUUUAAUUUUCUUUUGCAGUAAUGAAAUGGAAAUGUUUGUAAAUAUUGAAUAAAUAUUCCUUGAAGACUUGUGAUAUUCGCUAAACUCCUCUACAUAGAUGCGUUGAUGAAAAUUGCAAUAGUUAUUCGCAGGCUUUUGAGUCUCAUGGAAAUGGGAAGCAAUUGAACUGCAGCACGAGACGGUGCACUCAGUGUUGGUACAAGGAGCUGAAAGCGCUUUGGACGAGCCAUUAAUGCAUGCAAGACAUGUGUUCUUAUUACGGCCAAUUAUUCUCCUUUGAUUUACAAGAAUCAUUCCUACAGCGUAUUGUGCUUUUUCGCGGUGAGGGAAGUGUGAAGCUAAAAUUAAUUAGCAAAGCUGGAGUAAUCUAGUCUAGUCUCGAAUGAAUGUUGAUUGUGCAAAUAAUAAACAAAUACUACAAAGAUGAUUGUAAAUACGAAAGUAGUUUUAACUAUCGUCUAUGGGGCGUAAGGUCCAAAGCCAAUAUUUACAAGUGUUGGUAGUGUUGACGUUAAUAGCGACAAAAUGAGAAUAUAGGCUAGAAUCAGAUGUUAUUCCACAUUUGCUUUUUGCUACUGAGAAUAGGGUAUAACAUAGCAUCAUAAUCUAGCGGCUAGAUUUGGGGGAAAAUCUUUUUGGAUGAUUUUCGUGAUGCGCGCCCGUUAUAAGGAACUCUCGUCGGUAGACAUUGCGAAAGUGCCGCGACUUCCAGGCGAUGGAGCUCAAAUGGACGAUGAGCAAAUUUGCAAUGAAAAUUCGUAUCGACCCCAAUCCGUGCGGAUAAUGGAUGGCGGCGAAUUUGAUAGGCACCAUAGCGCAAGUGAGUGCUAUUCCAAUAUAUUCGAGAAUAAAAGUCGACCGUUCAACAGCGAAAUAUAUUCAGCGUUCAAGCGGGCGAAUGUCGUCAAAGGUAUCCUGUGUCCAUCACUUACGAAUUCCUUUAAGUCGCGGUCUUUAGAAAGAUCUUAUCUGCGAUAUUCCCAUCGACAAAGACAAAAGUCCUUAAUUAUAGUUAAUGUAGUAGAUUUGGUGCUGAAAAUCGUUUUGGCAAUUAUUUGGAUAUGGCGGAAAUCAGCGGACACGCCAGUUACAGCAGAAGCCAUCACAUGGUCCGUGUGUUGUUGUAUAGCCAAUCUAGGAAUCUGUAUCCUGGGAACAUGGCGCUGUUUCGCUAACAACUACCUGCACUGGGCUGCGACGUGUACGUGGUUGCUCUUAAAUCUUCAAGGCUUUGUUGGCGAAGGAUUAGGUUUUGCGGAACGCGAAUAUCUAGUAUGGUAUAUUCUAUUUAUAAUUUUUGUGCCGUACGCAAUGCUACCACUCCCGCUGAAAUGGUGUGUCAUAGCAGGAACUGUAACCGCGUCCUGCCACCUUGUUGUUAUUUCAAUAGUGAAAUUUAAUCGAUCGGGGGAUACGAGCUGCAUCCUCCAUCAAUUAUUUGGAAAUUUUUUACUUUACGCAGCAAUAAAUGUCGUUGGAAUGUACACAAAAUAUUUAACUGACAGAGGACAACGGUUGGCGUUCAUUGAAACCCACAAAGCGAUGGAGCACAAAAAGGAGUCGGAGAGCGAAUUACAAAGAACGCAGAAGCUAUUGGACUCAAUUCUUCCGUUAGCUGUGAAUAACGAAAUUCGAAAGGAAAUGUACAAAACCGAUCCAGGCGAUAGUCAAUUCAACAAAUUGUACGUGUACAACAUGAACAACGUCAGUAUCCUUUUUGCCGACAUCAAGGGUUUUACGGAGUUGGCGAGCAAAACAUCAGCCCAGCAAUUAGUGAAAAUACUUAAUGACCUCUUCGCUAGGUUUGACCGCAUCGCUGAGGAUAAUCACUGUCUUCGGAUAAAACUGCUUGGUGAUUGCUACUAUUGCGUGUCCAUGUUCGAGAGCCACAACUGGAAAACUCGCCCCGACCAUGCCGUGUGCAGCGUGGAAACAGGACUACAUAUGAUUAAGGCCAUCAAAGAUGUCCGUCAUAACACACACGUGGAUUUGAACAUGAGAAUUGGGAUUCACAGUGGAUCAGUGAUGUGUGGCGUGCUGGGGAACAAGAAGUGGCAUUUUGAUGUAUGGUCCAACGAUGUUAUUAUCGCCAAUCAUAUGGAAUCCGGUGGAGUGCCUGGACGAGUUCACAUAUCAGAGGCGACCUUGAAGUGUUUGAACGACGCAUACGAAGUUGAGCCUGGCGACGGCGGGAGUCGGGAUAAUCAUUUGAAAAUGCUCAACAUAAAGACGUAUCUCAUAAAAAGAACCGAACCCCUAAGACCGCGCAGACGAUUUAUCAUCCACGACAGCCCCGAGAAGAAACCAGACAAUCGAGAGCCGAAAUUAUCAGACGCCCAUACAAACAACAACACAGUAAACAACAUCAACCCCAACGAGUCUAUUUCCUAUAACAAUGACGCCAAACGCGAAUCUAAAAAUACGAUUCAUGAGGAUGACCCGACCACAGACUGGACACCGGAAAUACCGUUUAAAAAUCUUAAUGAGCCAGAGGAGGGAAUUAUUCGAUCCGAAUCCUUUAUGUGUAACCCCAAGCAAGACCAUCGAGUGUCCAUUUCUGCCGAAGAGGAAGUUGAUGAACUAAUCGAUCAAAAUAUCCAGAUAAAUUCUAAUAAGCAAAUUAGGAGGGAGUAUCUUUACAGCUGGACACUGAAGUUCAAAGAUCCGAGUCAGGAAAUCAAAUUCUGUCAAUUACGAGAGGACAUGUUCAGGUCGAAUAUGCUCUGUGUUUUUGUAGUGUGGAUUUUUAUCGUCUUAUGCCAGGCAAUUGUGAUACCAAAGUGUACAGUUUUAAUAAUAUGCUUAGCUGUGAGUACUUUAAUUUUAACCGCUGGCUGCAUCUUAGUCAUGGCUGAGGAAUUUUCCGGUCUUCCAAAAAUCCUACAGAGGAGCUCUGCGUCCUUAGUGCAUCGUAGAAACUAUAGAACGAUUUUCAUUUGCAGUGUCAUUAUCCUCAUGGCAGUCGCCAGUUCUAUUGGACUUGUUCUGUGUCCAUAUUACCUAGAAGAUUCAAGAACGGAUAAUACGAACAUUACGGAUUCAUUUCUAGUGGAAAACUUGGGUUUAGAUAGCGAAAAGGAGAUCAAGCUCAACGUGUUUCUGCAAGCAACUAUUCAUCAUAAUAUUACCAUAAAUAACCAAGAGCCAGUCAACUAUAAUGUGGACACUGUUAUUAAAGACAAUUUCACAACAACUAAGGACCCGGCCAACCUACUUCAUAAGAAGUCAGCAGAAAUCGUCCUUGGCGAAGUGGAUACUUUAAGGGACAAAGUACUCGAUGCUUUGAACUUAACGAACUCCGCUUACAGUUCUACUGCAGAGAAUGGCACUGCGAUUGUCGAGACUUCGAGUCAGACAAUAACAUUCGAUUCUGACGAAUUGAAUAUGACAAACGCAACACUCAUUCAGGAUAAGGUUGCAAACUGCGCUCAUCCUGAGUAUGUAGUAUUCACUUGGAUUCUGUGCUUGAUUGCUCUAGCCACUGCUCUGAAGCUUUACUACUUGGUCAAGACAUUUAUGGCAACGGUCAUGGUGGUUGUGUAUGCCCUCCUGAUUCUAGUGGCAUUCCCGGACGUCUUCACGGACGCCAACGCACUGUUUGAGCAAUCCAAAGUAGGGAUGCCCCUUUCCGCUCAAAUGAUGAUCCUGCUUGCAGUUUUCUUGGUGAUGGUCACAUAUCAUGCACGGCUUGUGGAGGUAACAUCACGUUUGGACUUCAUAUGGAAGGAGCAGGCGGAGAAAGAACUAACCAACAUGAAGUCAAAUCGAUACCUCAACGACAUACUUAUAAAGAACAUUCUUCCGGAUCACGUAGCAGCAUAUUAUCUCUCAGACGAUAGAACCGGGGACGAACUCUAUUCCCAAAUGCAUAGUCUUUGCGGAGUCAUGUUCGCUUCCAUUCCCAAUUUCCAAGAUUUCUAUUCCGAAGACAUAGAAAAUGGCAAAGCAUGCAUUCGAAUUUUAAAUGAAAUUAUUUGUGAUUUUGAUGCGCUUCUAGAGGAACCGAGAUUUGCAUCUAUCGAGAAAAUUAAGACAGUGGGUGCGACGUAUAUGGCAGCAGCUGGAUUGAAUCCUAAGCAUUUGGUUGAACGGGGUGAAACCGCCGAAGAUAGUGUGUGUGAUUUGGUAGAAUUUGCGUUAGCUAUGAAACAAAAACUGCAAGAAGUUAAUAAAGACGCCUUCAAUACAUUCCAGUUAAGAGUGGGCAUUUGCAGCGGUCCAGCGGUAAGCGGAGUCAUAGGUGCGAGGAAGCCAGUCUAUGACAUUUGGGGCAACACAGUCAAUGUUGCAUCUCGUAUGGACUCAACCGGUGAAAAUUGGCGAAUACAAGUACCUAGUAAAACUGCGGAGCUACUUCAAAGGAAAGGUUACACUUGCAUAGUUCGCGGAGACAUUAACGUGAAAGGCAAGGGCAUCAUGAAAACAUAUUUUGCCCUCGGAAAAGGAGUCGCUGUCGGGCAAAAUGCUUCGCCAGUUAUGAUGCCAGCCGGAAUUCCAUUAGCUCAAACACCAUCCCUCCAACGACAAACAUCGCAUCAUGGCUCAUUCACAGCCGUGGUCUUCGAAAUGAUGCAGGCAUCAAAGCGAAGUAACAUGGCUGGAACACGUGAGUCUGCUGUUUUAGGUGUGAUAACAGAAAAUACAACUGGUACACCAUCACCCCAAAUACGUCGCGGACGCCGGGGCAGUACUUUCAGUUCGGUGAGGCUCUCCCAGAAGAAACCGUCCAACCCAAUCCGACGAAACACAACUCGUGUGCGAGGACGAAGUUACCACCAAAAGAAGAGCUCUUCCAAUUGCUCCAUUGUUCAGCCUGGAAACACUUUCGUCCCAACGUUCAGGAAAAUUGAACAGAGUGAAGCCACUCAAAACUCAGCUCUAUAAAACCAAUGCCAAUAUUUCAUUGGACCAUGGCAGUUUAGGGCAUAGUAUCUGAACCAUCUACAAGAAUUAUUCGGGAAUACAAUGCUAUGCUGUAGAAAAAUUAAAUUAAAGUAAAACAUUUUUUGAUAGACUCGCAAAGAAUAAAGUCAUGUAAUUAUAAUAGGUUUUAGCCUGUAUUUAUUUUAAAUAAACCAAACCGUAUACCAAUAAGACCAUGAUAACUGUACACAAUCCAUAGUAUUUGUGUAAAUUUUAUGUAAGCAUGUCAAAAGUAAUAAUAAAAAUGUAUUAAUUUUCUAAUGACGGCAAAA